GACAGCGAAAAGAAAAGGAAAAGGAUUUUCUAGACUCGCGACACCACGCGCCUGCCUUAAUCGCAAAUAUAAUAUGGCAGGCAGAGGUACACACGAUAAUAAUAGAUAUGGAGAUCGGGCCCGUAAACCGCUCCCGACGGAACCACCGUACCUUGCGUACGUCGGCAACCUUCCCAACGGGGUCGUGCAGGGCGACAUUAACGCCAUCUUCAAAGAGUACGCGGUGAAGAGCGUGCGUCUAGUGAAGGACAAGGAAACGGACGUAUUCAAAGGCUUUUGCUACGUCGAAUUCGAUACUCUCGAGGAUUUGGAGAAGGUGCUCCAGCUAGAUGGCAUGAUAGUGCUGAACGAUCGACCGGAACCGCUGCGGAUUGAUGUGGCCGAGCAAAAGAAGAACGACCGUGGAGGUUUUAACAGGCGCGGUGGUCAACAGAAUCGUGGCGGACCCGGUGGACCAGGCAAUGGUGGUGGCGGCGGCGGCGGUGGCGGUUUCAACCGUGGCGGACCUAACCAGAUGAAUAAUCGGCCGAUCGGCAGUGGUGGUGGUGGUGGCGUCGGCGGCAGCGGCGGCGGCGGCGGAAGUGGUGGUAUGGAUAGAAAUUAUAGUAACGAUUACUCCCGAAACGAUUACGAUAGAAACCGCGGUGGACGUCCAAAUAACUAUAAUGACCGGGCACCGAACCGAGGGAGGUACGGAAACUUUGGCGACGAGCGGGAUGGUGGUGGUCGCGACGAAUGGAGCCGCGAUAACGAUCGCGAUGGAGGCCGGGAUGGGCGUGGCGGUGCUGGCGGUGGUCGCUACAACGAUCGCGACAACUACGGUCGCGACGAUGGCAAUAGGUACGGCAAUUAUGGUCGUAAUAAUCAAUACCGAGACAACGAGCGAAGAAAAGACGGUGCGCCGUCCAACUACCCGCCACCCUCCAACCCCAAUCUCAACAUGGAGGAACGGCCCCGGCUGAAGCUGGCCCCGCGCUCGACGAACGCGCCGCUGAACGCGCUGGCAGAAACGAAGCAAUCGGCCGCCAUCUUCGGCAACGCGCGGCCACGCGAGGAGAAGCUCGGCGGUCCGGAAACUGGGCGGAAGCACGCGAACAGCGUCGGCAGCGAGGGCAGCAGUGCGGACGGUGGUGGCAGCGGCGGCGGCGGUGGCAACAGUGCAUCCUCCAGCGCAACGGGGGCCGAUAAUUAAGAAGAGAAGGGAAAGACGUAUGCAACACAGCUACAGCUAUCGAGAGCGAGACGGUGAAGAAACACAAUGCGCACUAUCGGAAAUGGAUGAGAGUUACGCUGAUCACAGUUGGCUGAUGCAAGUUACGAUUUACGAGCGGCGAUCGAGCGGCUCCCAUUUGGUUAAAAAGUGUUCCGUAUUGCCAGUAUGUCGUUCCGGUGGUAAAAAAUAAUGCACAUUUCGGUAGAGCUUUUGGCAAAGUGGUGGUGCACACCACCACCAUCCCUUUCCUCCUGCCCAGUAAGUCUGAGUUGUUGUGGUCCCUGUUCGGUGGGGAAAGGUAGAUCCUUUUAUCUUUGUGUUUGUGUGUGUGCGUGCGUGCUUUAGUUUUUCCUCCCAGUUCGUUCUUUCUUGUAAGCAAAUCAAACAAACAAACAAAUCAACAUUGACGCAAACACACAACUAACCAAGGGAUGCGUUUUUUUUUCUUCUUCAUUCAGUGGCUUUUUCGUUGUUACAACAGGUCUCCCCUCUCCAUGUACACUUCCCUAUUUUGUUGUGUAUGUAUAAAAUGUACCCCUUUAAAAACAAUACAGUAUGCAAUCGUUGCGUUUUUUUUAAUGCUUUACUGUCUCUUUCUCUCACUUUCCCCCAUCGUACAGUGUAAGUUUCCCUUUCUACGGUAAUGGAGGCAAGUGUGGCAUUAUAAUCAGGGAUGAUAAUAGCGUAGGGCCGGUGUUGAAAUUUUAGCUAUGUUCAAUUGUCCGUUCCAAUCUAUUUGCUACAGUUACUCGGUAUCCGGCGAGACCGGGACGUGUACCCUUUUUACUACAAUAAUCACUCAUACAAAGACAAACGAACGGUGUGCUGCGCCCCGAUCGUGCGUCGAUUAUUACUACGCGAUCGAUCCUAAAAUGUCGAAGCUGCAAACAAUAAGUAAUCUGCGUAUAAUUUUCACAAAUAAAAGAGAGAUCAAGAGACACAAACAUGUGUUGGCAGAUUGAUUGCGGAAUUACUUACGUACCGGAAUGAUGCGGAACAGCUGGCGCUGGCGAGAAGCAGGGCUUGUGUACAUGUGCGAGCGACAAUAGUAUCGCUGCUGGCAAAGAAAGACGAAACGAAAUGUGUGGAAAUGAGUGGAAUCGAUCGAUCCAUACACACUCAAACCUGUCGAAAUAAGUAGCAGUACAUCCGUUUUUAUGUCAUCAGUUCUCUUCCUCCAGUUAAUCCCCCAACCUGCCCUGUACUUUGGGCAUUUAAGGCGAAAAAAUGAAAAUGUGUUCGUCCUUGAAGAAAAACACGGACAUGAAAACAAUAGGGCGACGUAAGAUUGCACAGCUCAUUAUUUUCCCUGCGGUAAAGCACACACGGCAAAACAAGACAAAAACAACUAAACGAACAAACAAAAUUUUACAACCACCAUCUAGGGGCCGCGUACAAAAACAGAAAAAAAAUGAGAUGAAAGGAGUGAGAUGAUGAAAUGCGACUCAAAAACCUGCAGAGCGACGAUAAACCGCUAAUCUUUAAACACAAUAAUUUAUAUCCAACUUGUUUUGUAAGCUUUUUUCUACGAUUUAAUACUUGCUGCAAAUCCAAUGAUAACGGAAACGCUGGAUACAAAUUACAAAUAAUACUUGAUAAUAACAAUUAUAUACAUUUAUUAUGGUACACUAGUGAUGUGAAGGAGGAGGGGGAGAGGAGGGGUAGUGUGUGGGUGGUAACUAGAGUUACAGAGGGCCGCCGGCCCCACCCGGUCGGUUUUUUUUUCUCUCUGCUCGGCGGGCGGGCGUCAAACACAGGUAUUUAACAGUAAAGCAGUAGCGCCACGGACAAACAGUAGCUGCAGUAACAUUUGCAAAUACAGCCCCCUUAAUGCUUAGGGAAAAUGAAUAAAACAAAAAAAAAGCAACCAUAUAACACACACUUGCACACUCAUUUGAUGUUUUGGAAAUUGUUUGGCAAAUUACUACCGAGAAGCACAGGUUCUCGAGAGAGAGAGAGAGAGAGAGAGAGAGAGAGAGAGAGAGAGAGUGAGAGAGAGA